AACCCAGCCACGUUCUACUACGGCAACCCAGAUUUCUACCACCUACGAAAGAAUACCCGCACCCCAGAGGUCUGCAUUCUCGGCCGGUCCAACGUAGGGAAGUCGUCACUCGUGAACGCCGUCGCGAAUCGGAUGGGCAGCGAGCUCGCACGUGUCAGCAAGAAGGCGGGGCACACAAAGACGAUCAAUGCGUACGGAUUCGGGCCAGCGCCGCGGCCGGAGAAGGGUGAGGUCGUCCUCAGCGACGAGUUCAAGGGCAAGGAGGAAAUGCCAAAGCACAUGUUCUUCCUUGUGGACAUGCCCGGCUACGGACACGGGAGCUUGCAGGAAUGGGGCAAGAACAUUGCUCUGUAUCUGCAGAAGCGGACAGCGCUCAAGGGCGCCGUGAUGCUCAUCGACGCAGAGGUGGGCCCAAAAGAGUCUGACUGGGACGCGAUCGAGCUCAUGGCCAACGCUGGCCUGCGGACGGCGAUUGUGCUCACAAAAGCCGACAAGGUCAAGAGUGGCAACGAGGGGCUUCUCAAGACGUGUAGGAAAGUCUGGGACGGCAUCCGACGCAUUGAGUCGCAGCUUGCGGAAAGCAAUAAGAAAUGGACGUGGGAGAAGGAGUUCUAUGUCACUGCUAGUGGAGCAAACGAU